UCAUAACAUUUUCACACUCCAUAUCGCUAAAGAAAAAGCACCGUUAGAGUAUGAAUUGAAGCAGUAGACAUACUUGCAUACCUACAUACAACUCAAUUGCCAAAUGAUUUUAAAUUAAUUUGUACUCUUGAUAAGACCACAAGUUUUGUUGGUGUCUUUCUGAUUGUGUGACUACCUACGAAAACGAAACAAAACCAGCAACAACAACAACAACAGAAAUAGUAAUAAAAACAAAUAAAGAUAAUCUGCAUAAAAAAUUGCAAUGUGUAAACUACGAAAAUCGUUGUACGUCUGUGACUGACGCCUCAAAGUAAAAUGAAAUGUGGAAAAAAGUUCAACAAACAAAUUUCGCUUUUAUUGAAACCCGUUACACAUAAAAUAACAAAAUCACUUAAUUGCUGGCUCGCAAACCAACUAAGGAACAAAUAAACGAAAGUAGUUUUGCUUCUGUAACACUAAAGAAAGAAAGAAGUAGAAAACAAUAAAUUAGCCUACUCGUAAAUGGUUGACGCCAAAACAAGUUCUAACAUUUAUUGCAAAGCAAAUAGCACCGCGGAUCACACGAACGAAACCCUAGAGCAACGCGUUCUUGUUUGGAUAAAAAUUAAUGUUUGUUUUUGGCUUUGGAAUGGAUAUUUAGCUUUUAGGUGUGAGAAAAAAUACAGAAACAACACUGUCAUUGUUUGAUACAAGUAUCAUCAAAAAUAAAAUCUCUAGUCUACGCUUUUGGGUUUUGUAUAAUUUUUUUUUGGUUUUUAAUAAAACUUGGUGGCUUGGGUAUUUCUGAGAUUGUCGUGCGAAUGCAUGACGUCGUACGGGGUGAUUUCAGCAGCGAUACCGUGUCGAUGACUAAAACUGAAAAUAUUUCUUUGUGGCGUUUCAGCAGCAGCAGCAGCAACAGUGACAACAUGCUUUUUACGUUUUCAAUUAUGGUGCUUGUCGUCGACUUUUGGAGUGUUCUGUAAUACGUUUUCUACUACGUCGUGCUUCUUGCCAAUAAAGCUGCCCAUGCAAGCAAUCUCUUGGCUAAUAUCGAAGUAACUCAAUUGGAACUCUUCCUGAUUUGCCACAUGAAAUACUGAAGAAAUUGCUUUUAACAUAAAAACUCCGACAAAGUGAAAGCUUUCAUUUCAUUGCCGCUUUCAUAUAAAGAUGCUUACUUCCACACAUACAUACAUACAACACGAUGUGUAUAUACAUAGAUAUGCUUAAAUAGUAUGUAGGUAUGUGCACAUAAUCAGCUUACAACACCUGUUUCACAAUAAAAAUUGUCCAUUUGACAAAAGCUACUUGGAAAACCUGAAGAAGCAGCGUGGCGCUGCUGCCGCUGGCGCGUCAACUACAUUUCAUCGACCAAUUAGAAAAUAAACAAAACUAGAAUAAGAACUACAUUCGAUGCUCUAAAAAUAUUUUCAUAAACGACCAUAAUAAAGCGAUAAACAUACAACUUCGCCCGAGGAAAGUAAACCGUGAACAUAGGAAAACGAAAAACAUUCGAAGCUUCGUCUUCGUCUUCAUCGAAAGAAAAAGCAACAACAUACGAUUCACUUACAAACUCAUGCCGCCACCUAAAUCGAAGAAAACGCCAUCAGAAAAAAAUUGUUAAAAAUAUAAAAAAAAACGUCCGCCCCAUUCAAUUUCUUUAACAUAGGACGCUAAGAAUCAUCAUCAUAGCCUCGCUAUUAAGGUAUAGGGAAGUAACAAAAAAAUCGCACAUCUACCUACCAUUUGCCUUAUAAACAAACACACACACAGCCACACAAAACUUACAAACAAUUAAUAAUAGAACCAUGAAUUGUGAAAAACAGAGUGAGACGUACAAAAACAUCAGCGGCGGAGGUGCCGGUGGAACGGAUGGCAUAGCCAGCUUUUGGAACCAGCACGUCAUGGAGCGUUUUAUAAAGGCAAAUCUCUUUGUUAUCUGUUGCGUUGCAGCCGGUCUUCUCUUGAUUGUAUACCUGGGGGCUUUUUCUUGUGAAGUCUCAUGGAUAUUGGAGGCACGUGGUGAUUUACCAUAUGCGGCAUAUGUCUUAUGUACGCAAUAUUUUGUGGUGUUUGUGGCCACAACCAUUCUAAUCCAUGGCUUAGUUACCGGCCUACCAUGGGGCCUAUUCGCCUGGUCCAUAGUCAUUGGAAUUUUGUCCAUACCGGAAUUGAUAUAUGUUAUGAUAAUGACCACCCAGCACUGGGGCCUACAAUCGGUUCACGGGUUAACGGAGCUUACAGCCUAUCUCAUACGUUUGGUCAUCAACUGUUUCGCUUUGAUUUGUGUGAUACCAACUGGCCUAAGAUGGCGACGGGAGUCACAGGUUCUAACACAGCUACAAGAUCUGGCGACACGAUUGCAACUGCAAACGCCUCCUCCCAGUGUCCCCAUUAUAACCUCGAAAGCUGAUUCAAGAAGAGCCAGCAAGCGUUUACAAAAUCAACAACAUGCCUUUGAGAACUCUGGCUAUCAAGUAACAGAAACUUCAAAAAGUAUUAAUGGUGGCUCGCAACCUCAAGGAUUGAACCUGUUUGGCUCCCAGAAUGAAUUCAAUGCCAGCAUGUUUGCAAUACCAUUCAUGCAACAGCAGCAAUUCAACUCAGCGAAUCCCAUGAACAGAAAUGGUAAUCGAGCACAAUCGUUGAUGGAUUUGCGAUGUACUCUACCAGGUCUUUACAAUCCUCGAUAUGUCAUUGAAAAUAGUGACGAAAAGAAUGGCAAAUACUUCAAUAUAACAAUAGAUGACUUAAAAAAUAAUCUUCAAGACACACAUAAACAGCCACCGUCCUUAAUUGGCUCAACUUCGAAUGAUCCCAUCUAUUGCUCUAUAGAACCCAAGCAACCAUCACCCAUACAGCCCAGAGGUCAAAGGGAGCCCAUGGCGUUGCCACCACAAGCGGCAACAACAUCCCAGCCUACCAAACUGUCGCGUAACUGCAUAUCCUUGGAGAACUUAGAAGGCAUAAACAAAGUGCAAAAUGAUUUGGCGGCUUAUGGCCAUAAUCUGCUGCAGAAUUACAACCAACAACAGCAGUAUUACUUGGCCAUGUUGGGUUACCUGCAGGAGCACCAACAACACCAGCAACCGUUCCCCAUUGCAAGUGGCUUAUAUAGGCGACCUGGCAGCCAGGCAAGUCUCAACCCUCAAGCGUUGACAGGAACAGCGGCGCUGCCCCAACAAUUUCAGCGACGCAACUCGUCACAACUUCAAUACUAUGGAGGUUUUGGUUAUGCCAAUUACACGAAUCCUUACAUAACGGCCAACAGCAAACUAUCCUUGGGCAAUGAGUCCGAUGAUUAUCGUAAAUAUCGUGAUGUAGCAUUAUGAGCCGACCAUAAGCGCUACACCCAAGCUAAGGUGCUAAACUAGUUGAACCAGUCAUUUUCACAUACUCAGAAAUAAUGGCACAUUUUUAUUAAGAAAACAAAAAAAAACAAAACAAAAUGAAGCGAAGCGAAACUCGUGAAAACUUAAGUUAAACGCUAGCCAAAGAUCGAUAAACACAACUAACUCAAGUGAAUACCAACUAUAGGCUACUGAUCAACCCGACCGACACGAUCCACCCAUUACACAUAAAAGAACAAUCACAAAAUGUAUUUUUCAUUUUCUUUUUUUUUAACAAUGUUUUUGGAUAAAAUAAUCCACAUUAAUUUUA